UUUGGCUGGCAUUGUUUGAAUCGGUGGGAGACAGAGCUGGGCAGAGACGGGGGCGAGUACAUCGAAGACGAUGGCAUGCGAUGUCGCCGCCGACGAGCCACCCGCCAUCCCCACCGUACAGGAGCUUCGCGCCCCCGACAAGCUACCCAUCAUCCCCAGCGUACAGGAGAAUCGCGCGCCCGACAAGCCACACGCCGUAUGCACCGUCCAGGAGCUCCGCGCGGGCAUCGCGCCCUCCGCCAUCGGCAGGACCCCCGAUCUCUGCGCUGAUGAUGCAGACCUGGCGGCACACGAGCGACGCCGCGAAUCGAACUGUAGAAUGUGUCGGCUCGCUGGAGAAAUUUUUUGUUGAGGACUAUGGGGUUGGGCAGCAGGGGUAUGAGGAUUUUGAUUCAUUGAGCCAGGAAUUUUUAUUGAUAGAGACUGUAUGUGUUAAAGAAAUUUGUACAGUAAGACUGAAUUUGUUAGAUUCAGAGUACCAUAGCAUUUCUGAACUUCUUUUAGAGCGUGGUUAUGUGGCAGGAGGAGGUGAUUUUAGGUGUUUUUUCCUAGGAGGGGCUUUUUAUGGUGAAGCUUUUGAGCAGGGGAGACACGGACUUCAUUCAUUUUUUCUGAAUUUAAAAGUGUGCUUGUUGCCAGACUGAAUUUGUUCAUUCAUGCACAUUAUAAAGUACUCCCAGGGAGUUUUUUGUU